ACUUACAUCUCACGAAGGCGUUGGGCCACGUUGGUCUAUCGCAAUUGCCAUUACAGGUGGCCAUGUCACCAGCCUUUUAUGCAACAUCGACACCACGAGCAUCAUCGCUGCUCUCAACCCUGACCUCAAUCCCGCAACCAACGUUGACAGCGUAUCAUCGUCUCUUCGCGCGCGUAGUCGUCAGCCCAUUACUCGUCGGACAUGCAGUUCUGUACUGUCUAUUCUUCCUGCAGUCGGGCCAUCCCGAUUUCAGUUCUUUGUUCGCCAAGCGCAUUCUUGAUUUGGAUGUCCAACUGGGAAUUACCGCAGUGGUGGCAGCCAGCGCAAUCAUGAUCACUGCGCGGCCGAAGGGGACAGGUGGUGGAUUAUGGAAAGGCUCUGUUCAAGAGAGACGAAGUGCUUUCUAUGCUGCCCAUCUGUUUCUUGUGGGUGUAAUGUGUCUUGCGGCGUAUUUCCACGUUGCCCAGGCCCAAGCAUUUGUGCUCGAAUCGUUAGUGGCUUUUGUGGUGAAUUUAGGGUGCUGUUAUAUGACCGCGAAAUAAGCGAUAUAUAGCUAGACAGUUUAGAGCCGUUGAAAAUACUACGCUGGGGGUACCCGAG